GUGCCUCGUAUGUCGCUUCUGAGUGUAGUUUAGACUGAUAUAAACUUAUAUAAAAGCAACGUUUGUGGCCAACGUUGGGUCACAAGGUUUACUUAUCGUAAAAUGGGGUAAUCCGAAGUUUAAAUAAAAUCGUUAUGGCUGAAGUUGCAACUUUUUUCCGGCCGUAACUAAGUUUUAAUGUAAAGCGUGUAAGGUUGCUACGCGCGAGUUUCAAAUGUGCACAGCGACUUAGAAACAGAAGUUAUUUAAAAACGCUUCAUUACAGGGGGAGCAGCUCUUUGAGGAAGAUGGAAAAUUAUUCAGAAUCAACGCAGAAUUUAAGCUCCAUCCUGUCUUCCUGUGGGCCGGAGCUGCAGGAGCUGAUGAGGCAGAUCGAUAUAAUGAUCAAUAAUCAGAGGAGGGAGUGGGAGGCCGGCAUGAGAGACCUGGAGCUCCGGCUGGAAAACAGAGAACAGGAGCUUUCCACCUCAAAGAGCAUCACUGAACAGAGAGACGUGGAGAUUGGACGGCUUCACAAGCAGCUGAAAGAUGUCCAAGCUGGCCGCCAAGAGUUAGUUUCCAAGUAUGAGGGACAGCUGCUGAAAGUACGGGAAGAGCUGGAUAAAUUAAAGAGAAGUUACCACAAGCUUCAGCGCAAACAGCUCAAGGAGACAAGAGGGGGAGCAAAAGAGGGAGAGCUUUCAAAUGAACGUCACAGACUUUCUGUGGAGUGGGAACAGCAGCGGUCCCAGUAUCAAACACAGCUGGCCACAUUGGAGGUCCACAAUAAGAACCUGACUGAUGAGUUGUUCAACAUGAAAUCCCAAAGGGCUUCCUUGCAGGAGGAGAGGGAGCAUGGGCAGAGCCAUUUAGAGCUGCAGCAUCUGCGUACUCAGCUGGAGAAAGCUCAGGAUACUCUGCACUCACAGGAGCUCGAGCUGAUGUCCCUUCGACCGUUAGAGGCGUUGGUUGGGCAGUACCGGAGAGACCAGCAGCUGCUGUCAGAGGAGCGGGAUGAGCUCCACGCCACCCUGGUCUCCCAGGACACAUCCAUGCAGAGAACCAGUCUUGAGCACGAAAGGCUUCGCAAGGAAGCUGCCCGGCUGGACCAAGCGCUUCGAGCCAAGGAUCAAGUCAUUCGCUCCCUGGAGGACUGCCUCUCAACUCAGGAAUGUGCUGGUGUGGAAACCCUCCGGAAAGAUCUGGAGAGGACUUCAGCCAAGCUCCAGUGUGCCCGAGCAUGUGAGGUCCAGCUCAAGGCUGAACUCGCAUGUGUCAAAGAAAGACUAGAGAAUGAGACCAGACAGAGAGAUGAGCAUUCAAAGACAGAGCAGGAGCUGAGAAACCUCAAAGCAGAACACAACGCCUCUGUUGCUGAAAUGAAAAAGCUCCGAGAGGAGCUUCUACAGGCGAGGCAGAAGCUGCCCGGUGAGCUGCACCAGCGUGACCUGAGCAGCUCCUCGUCCAGCGGCAAGCUGCAUCUUCCGGCCCAGGUAGAGAGAGCAGAGCAGCGGACAACUGAGCUGAAUAUGACUCAAGCACAGCUGGAGACUCUACAAAUGGAGAACCAGCAUCUGAAAAGCCUGCUGCAGAGUCUGCAGUCUCCCUCCCCAAAGAGGGGGAAUUCUUCACGUUCUUCACUGAGGGAGAGCUACGUGCCCUCCCCGGGCCGCCCCGGGCCGGGGAAUCACCGGGUAGUGCAGGCACGCGCUGAUGUGGAGCCUCACCUUGAUGAGCAGACUCACCAGGAGAAGAAUGAAGGAGCUCUGCUCAGCCACGCCGUAACUGGACGGCUGUCGCCUGAGCAGGACAGGCUUCAGGUGGACACCCGGGCCGUGAAAGCCCAGUCACAGGGAAACGCCGGCUGCCACGUGGAGGAAAUCCAGAUGAUCUUUAAAGAGCUGCAGACCCCGUCCCAUCCCGCCACGGAUCGGCCCUGCAGCCAGAACAGCCACCGUUCGUCCCCCUUCUCCUCUCCCUCCUCCUCCCUCAGCAGCAGCGGCGGUGUGAAACUGACCAGGGGGACCUCCAUGCCCGCCUUGAGUCUCAGUGACUUUGCUGCAGUGGGGAAAAGCUCAGGCUCUGAAGAAACCGUGACCUCAGGGUCCAAAGAAAAAGUGUCUCCUCCAUCUUCAGAGGUCUCUCUGUCAGGGUCACCUGAAAGCAGCAUGAUCACUCAUUUCUUAGAAGAAGACACCUUACGGUCCAUGGAGCUGGUGCGGAGACUGGACAGCUACAUCCAGGGCCUGAACGAGAGCAACGGCAGGACUGUGUCCAAGAACCUGGCGAGCAGCUCGGGACCCGAGUCCAACCCAAACCUGCAGUGACUGAAUCACAGCAGUAGCAGUGAUUUGAUAAAAGGCGUGAGGCUUUGGGACUCACUUUAUUGAAGUUUUGAGAGAACUAGUCCUUUUUUUCUACAUGUUUUGCACAUUCAUCCCAGUUGUGGUAGCUGAGAACUUUGAAUUCCCCCAAAUGUGUCGUCAGGACUUUUUUUCCCCCCCAUGAAGCCAUUAGCAUUAGCUCCACCAUACAGCAUAUUCAUUCAUGUUCCAGCAACAGUUGAAGUUGUGCGUUGUACUUGUGUGCAUUUUAAGCAGAAGUCACAUCAAACCAAGAAGAAGCAAAGCAACAUUGGUUUCAACCAUGUCUUGAAAUUAGCCUGACACGUCAAAUGGUUUAUUUCUGGGACAUGGGGGCCGCAUGGAAAGGGACGGUGACUUUUAAAUAUGGCGCUGCUUAGCAGGCUGUUCAUUUAAAGAAGCAUAUUUAACAACAAGGUGCUUCAAGAGAAGCUGGUGAGGUAAGAAGAGCUGCCAUCGCUGACGGUCAUCACACCUAAAGCUCGCCGUGGUUCCCGGCGGAGGUCACGGAUUGGUCUGAACCUUUUGUGCUUUGGCAUCAAACAUCGUGUACAUGUAGCAGCCAGAUUUCACUUGACUGAAUUCCAGCGGAGGACCUUCCUUGAGUAGCAUGUUUGUGUUUUCUUGAAGGAAACGGUACAGUUAAAUAGUUUGGAAGGCAGCAGUAAUGUGUUUUCAUUCAGAGACAGGAAUGUAGCUGUGAGUCAGGGGUGUCCAUCCUCCCUGUGCGCCUGUCAUAAAUGUGAGAAUAAUACAUUAUGUCUUUUUAGGGGGGGGGGGUGAAGGGAAUGCUCCUCUCUCUUUCACUCAUCUCCCCAACGCCCCCCAGUUCUGUCUCCAUCCCCACUAGCCACCCACCCUGCAGAGCCCCUCCAGCAACCGCUCCAGGAAUGUGCGCGCCAUGCCAGCGCCGUUAUGAGCCUUCCCCUGCGGCCCGCUUUGUCGUCAUCAUUAGAAAGCUGCUGGAAUGUUAAUAUCAACCAUGUGGAAGGCUGAGAGGCCGGGGGGGCGGAGAGGACGCGCUGGUAUUUUACCGCUUUUCUAAUAAAGAGAUGGAUGGAAUGGAAAUAAAAUGAAAAACAAAUCUCAGGAAAUAUGUGUUUUUAAUUUAUGAUACGGGGGCUAUUACCAAAGGGGAAAAAAAAGCAAAAAGCCAAAGUUUGUCCAGAAAGUUGGUAUCCAGAGUUUCUAGCACUGUAAGUCCCAUCACAACAGCACUGAGGAAUUUGGCAAGGCAGGCAUUCCUCGGGCCGUCCGGAGAGAGCUGAAAAGAUGUUUUAUGUGGAGAUUCCUUGAAGGGGCUUAGUGGAGGGACACUGACCCCCGUCCAGGGAGAGUUCACGCUGCAUCCUUUAUGUCAUGCUUCAAGAGAAAAGAAUGCUCCGUGAUGUGAGGACGAGGGAAUAAGUGGUAAACUCAUCAACAUAAACCUGAUAAAUAGGAGUUUUGGGGUUCUUUUGUUUACUUUUAAGGGCCAUGAUGUCUCUACCGUUAUAGUUCAUUACUGUUACAUGAAUGUUGUUGAUCCUAACCACAUGAUCGGGGCUACACAACUACUUUUCAUGCUGAGUAAUACUUUACAUGGCCGAUAAAGCGUACUCCAAGCCACAUACAGGAAUUACAGGAUGCUGUUGACUCAGUUAUUUAGUUAAAAAAAAAACUUGUCCCAUUACUUUAAAAUAUUUUAAAGUAAUAA